GAUAAAUCUUUAAACCUUCCAGUGGAUACGAAAUGUAACGAAGAAGCGCAGGAAGAAGCUGGUUGCAGCUUAAAUUCAAACCAUUCAUCGUCCCCAUCUUUUUCCUUACCAGGAAAUGAAUUGCUUUCCCAGGUAAGACUGUCGACAAUGUUUGUUACCUCGAAUUCAGGUCUGAAUUCAGGCUCAGAUCAUAAACUCAGUGUUAAAUAUCUCUAAAUAAAUAAGUAAAUGAAUGAAUGAUAAAAAAAUGAUAAAUAAUUAAAUAAAUAAAUGAUAAAUAAUAAAGAUAAAUGAAUAAUAAUAAUAAGUAAAUAAUGAAAUGUAUUAAUAUCUUUUAUAAUAUUUUUCUAUUAAAAUACUGAUGCAUGUUGCAUGUGCACAAGGGCGAGGCUUUAAACAGCGUUAAAUUGGAUAAUGUGCGUGAUACCCAGCUGCAGCCUCAGCUUAAGAUGAAUUUCAAUUCCCAUUCUAUCUUUUGUCUCACCUCAUCGUUUUUUUUUCCACUUUUGGUGGGGAUAAUUUGAAAUGAAGCCUGUUCACAUUAUCUUGCCACUCCACUCCUUCCAGAAGAUUUUUUUUUGUUCAUAAUCCCUCUAGAUACUGAGAAAAAAUUCCUGUAUAGAUCGGAUGUUUGACUCUUUGAAUAUUUUGUGACUCAAACUCCUGAUGGAGUCGAUGAGUUUGCGAGCGAUAAUCAAUUUCUCCCGAGUGGAAUCUUGGAACUUUUCUGUCUUCCAUUGAUUGUCCAGAGUGGUAGGCUGGAUCACUUCAUAUUUGCUGUUCAGUAUCGAGUAAUGUAGUGAAUAAGAGUACGCAAAAUGGAGUGCACAGGAUCCUCUGAAAGCAGCUGUUACAUGAUUAUUUUGAUUACAGUUGUUUAGCUGAUUCGCCAUGUUUAGUAUUUAAUUUUCAUUCUAUUCUGAGGGUGAACAGCCAGAAAAUUAUGGGAAAAGAAAGAAACGAGAUGAAGCAUUUGUUACCGUUGACCAUCAUGAUGAGGUGUGUUUCAGGAAAAAGUCUUUAAAACGUUUGAUACAAGAGUUUUACUUUCAAAAUAGUCUCGGAGAAUGUAAUUUGCGCCUUUCUCUUGUAAGAUUUAAUACAACUUUGGCUUAUUUUUUGUUAAAGUUCUAGCCAAAAUUCAGCUAACUAUUAGCGAUUUAAUAUAUAGAGAUCAUCGAAUUUUCCAAUUCGAUUGAGUUGCAAAUGUAAUCUUGAAAUCUUGUAUCAAACCUAUUUUCGCAAGGUUAUUUUUUGUACCAUUGCUGUGCAUGUGAAAGGCCAAGACUUCAACUGUUCACGCGUCAGAUCUUCAUUAACUUUAAUAUUUCUGUUUGUUUCCAGCUGUGCAUCUCAAAUUAAAAUUGUUUAUGCACUCGUGUAAAGUAAAACAAAAAUGUUAUGUCCGAUCGUAAAUGUAAAGGUAUUCAUCAUAGAGUUUUAAGGUCUUUUGAGCGCUAUUGAAAAAGUUUACGCGAUUUUAAAAUAUUAUGACUUCCGGCUUUGUAUAGAUGUUUAUAGGCUUCUGUGAGGAAAAAUAGAUUUAUUUAAACACUGUGCAUGCUCUAAUUAAUAAGUUCAUUAAUAAGUUCAUUAGCAUUCUUUCUUUUAUCGGAAGGAAUCAGACUUCAGUGAAGGAGAUGACGGAAUCAGCAUAGAAGAGUUACAGGAAACAACUGGAUGGAAGUUGUUAAUGGAGAACUUGGAUAAACAUUUCGAGCGAAAAAACUCUGACAAUCAAUGA